AGAAGCCACACGGGGGAGAAACCAUAUAAAUGUACAGAGUGUGGAAAGAGCUUCAAUCAGAGCAGUCAUUUUAUUCGCCAUAAAAGGAUCCACACAGGAGAAAAACCAUACAAGUGCCUGGAAUGUGGAAAGAGCUUUGGGCGGAACAGUAGCCUUUUACAACAUAAAAGAAUUCACACAGGGGAGAAACCAUAUCAAUGCCUGGUGUGUGAAAAGAGUUUCACUGGGUCCUCAGAUCUUAUGUAUCAUAAAAGGAUUCAUACAGGGGAGAGACCGUAUAAAUGCCUGGAGUGUGGAAAACGAUUCAGUAGGAGAAGUCGUCUUACAUCUCAUAAACGAAAGCACACAGGACAGAAACCAUAUAUAUGCCUGGUGUGUGGAAGGAGAUUCAGUCAGAGUGGUCACCUUACAAGACAUAAAAGAACCCACACUGGGGAGAAACCAUAUACAUGCUUGAAGUGUGGAAGGAAGUUCAGUGGAAGAUCAAGCCUUGUGAUGCAUGUAAGAAUCCACACCGGGGAGACCCCAUAUAAAUGUACAGAGUGUGGAAAGUGCUUCCGUCAGAGAACUACCUUUAUUUACCAUAGAAGGAUCCACACAGGAGAAAAACCAUACAAAUGCCUGGAGUGUGGGAAGAACUUCAGGCGAAACUGUCACCUUAUGAAACAUAAAAGAAUUCACACAGGGGAGAAACCAUAUCAAUGCUUGGAUUGUGGAAAGAACUUUAGUGUACGCUCAGAUCUUACAUAUCACAGAAGGAUUCAUACAGGGGAGAAACCAUAUCAAUGCUUGGAUUGUGGAAAGAACUUUAGUGUACGCUCAGAUCUUACAUAUCACAGAAGGAUUCAUACAGGGGAGAAACCAUAUAAGUGUUUGGAAUGUGGAAAG